AUGUUCCUAAAGUCACGCACCCGAGCUUUAAACACAUCUGCUCUCCUCUCCACAGAUCUGAGCUUCAGAGCCAUGGCGCGCUUCACCCACCGGACGGACUACAACAACCUCGGAUCUGAGGACGUAGACCUGGACUUUGAACAGUACAAUGACGAAGGAGCAGCUGAUCCUGAUGACCCCCGAGACCCCACUAACCCCACGCCCCGAGGAUUACCUGGAGCUGUUGAUGGUGACCUGGUCCCUCUGGAGGUGGACAUGUGUUUGAGCAUGAACACAGAGACCCACCGGACAAAGCAGUAUCCCAACGACACCCUGGUGGUCAGACGCGGCACUGCGGUCUUUAUCAAGGUGCCGCUCAACCGACCAAUCAGAGCACAAGACCAGUUUGAGCUGCAGUUCCGCAUUGGCCAGAACCCCAACGAUCUUCGUGGAACCCAGAUCGCAAUCUCGUUUUCCGGCCUGAACGCGUCAGGUCCGUGGAAGGCGUCGGCCACUGAACAGCAGGGGGCGCUGAUGGUGCAGGUGACCCCGAGCGUGGAUGCCGUUGUGGGGCUGUACAGGGUCCUGGUGGGCGUGGCCACACGCACAGGUCUGAAUAUCUACAAGAACCUGAGGCAACACAUGUACCUGCUCUUUAACGCCUUCCACCCCAGCGAUGAAGCGUUCCUGGGGGCGGAGCCUGAUGGAUAUGUGAUGAACACCGAUGGAACUAUUUUCACCGGAAGCAUCAAUUCAAUUCACCGGAUGAGAUGGGAGUACGGACAGUUCGACAAGGACAUCCUGAAGGCCUGUAUCUACAUCAUGGACCAGUCCAGACUCCCUAUCUCCCACAGAGGUGACGCUGUGAAGGUCAUCAGGAUGGCCUCCGCAAUGCUGAACUCGCAGGACGAUGAGGGGGUGGUGGUGGGAAACUGGGGGAAGGACUUCACCCCCCACACGUCUCCUCUGUCCUGGACCGGCUCCGUGAAGAUCCUGCAGACCUACCUGUCCACCAGGAGGCCCGUGUCCUACGGCCAGUGCUGGGUGUUCGCCGGGGUCAUGAACACAUUCCUCAGGUGCCUGGGCCUCGGGGCCAGGGUGGUCUCUAACUUCCAGUCGGCUCAUGAUAACGAUGGAGACCUGAAGAUGACCGUCAUCGUCGACGCGAACACAGGACGAACUCACGAGAGCACACGAGACUCUAUCUGGAACUUUCACUGCUGGAACGAGGUGUUCUUGAGGAGAAGUGACAUCCCUCCAGAGUACAACGGCUGGCAGGUCGUGGACUGUACCCCCCAGGAGACCAGCGAUGGAUAUUAUCGUUGUGGUCCUGCUUCUGUCAAAGCCAUCAAGAUCGGGAAAGUCUGCUAUCCCUUCGAUGGACGCUUCGUCUUCGCUGAGGUGAACAGUGACUUCCUCACAUACAUGAGGGAUAAAUAUGGAAACCUGACGCUGUCAAAUAUCGACAAAGCUCUGGUCGGACUCCUGCUGCUCACGGAGAACGCCCAGGGACAGACCAUCAACAUCACCCUGGACUAUAAACAUGAUGAGUAUAGUCCCCAGGGGAAGCUGGCCAAUGAGAACGCUCUGGCCACAGCAGAGAGCUUCGGCUGCAGGAGAGAGCACCGCGACGUCCCACCUUCUCCUGAGGCUGUGCUCAUCACCAUCCACCAGAAGGAGGGGUACUUCAGGGGGCUCCCGGUGAAGGUGGCGGUGGAAAUCCUCAACCAAUCAGACGUCACGGUCCAGGCACAGGUUCUGGUCCUGGUGGAGACCGUCUUCUACACCAACAUCAGCUCGGACCUGGUGGAUCAGAGAUCAGAGACCGUCCAGCUGCAGCCCCAACAGCCUCAUCAGAUCCCUCUCGUCGUGGUCCCUGAGGUCUACAUGAAGAGCCUCCUCCGGGAGCAGAACCUGAAGGUGGUGGUGUCAGUGCGACUGCCCCGAGGAACCAUGGAGAGAACUGAGACUGUGGUGGUACUGAGGGACCUGGAGCUGAAGCUACAGGUGUUUCCAGAGGCCCCGGUCGAGGGGAAGUCGUCCAAAGCCAUAGUCUCUUUCCUCAACACUUUGAACGUUCCUCUGCGUCUGCCGGAGGUCAUUGUGGAAGGACCAGGACUCCUGCAGUCCACAUGGUCCAAGAUCUAUGAUGAUGUGGCCCCAGGACAGGCGCUCCGAGCAGAGGUGGACUUUAAAGCACUAAGUCCUGGAUCCAAGAGGCUAAGCGCACGCAUGCUAACGCAGAAUGGCUAUGUUGCCAGUGGCUCUCUGGUCGUCAUGGUUACUUCUGCCUGGGCCUCUCCGGACCUCGAUUAUCCUCCGUUCAGAUACUCGCCAUUUGGAGGCCUGUUCCCUCACUCUGGGGGCGGGGACUAA